AUGUGGUUGUUCGCUGCACAGCUUUUGUACUGGAACAUGACAAAGAAAAUAGAAGAUCGAUUGCGUGAAGGUCAACUCAAACCAACCAAGAAAACACCAGAUCAACUUACCAACCACAUCAUGUGUAACUGGAUCCGCACCAUUGAGGUUUGUCCUAAAUGCGACAGCAAGCUGAAGACCAGCUAUGCAGAGUUUCAAUGCGAAUACAAUUGCUACCCUGUCCGCCGAAACCCUUUUGGAUGCAGAAGCUACAAACAAAUCAGCAACGAGGUCAUAGCUGAUUCUCCAUGUAUUAAUUGCGAAGAGCCGAUCUCUGUCUUCGAAGACUCAAACUCAAGCGAGGAUGGCCAGAAGACGGGAAUGGACAGCGAGACUGUUGCAGUUGACGACGUUUCAGAAGAUGAACGUGACUCAGAUGAUGGGAACAUGUCCGAUGUCUCAGAAGUUUCGGCUCUCUCAGACGAAGAUGAUCAAAAUCAUGAGACAAUCAUGGAAGGUUUGAUGGCAGGACAAAUUCAGUACGACGACGAUGACACAUUUGACGUGCAGGGAUUCUUUGGCGAGCCAGACUUGGUCGAAGAAGAAUCACCAGUUGAAUCACCAUUCUUGGCCAGAAUCGAGAUGUUGAGAAGGGGGAUCGAAGUCAUCUCCGGGGAGAAUCGAUUCUGA